AUGUCAAGUGCACGCAAAUCUGUAAUGCCACAAAACUCCAGCUAUCAGAGAGAUAUUCAAUAUGUCCUCAAGUUGAAUAACUGGAUUCUAUGCACAAUCGGCCUCUUGCCAUUCACGACCCGCGGCAUCGGACGAUACGCAUUUAAAAUCUUGAUCGCGUUCUGUAAUUUUAUAAUAAGUUUCGCGAUGGUGCCCUGCGCCCUGCAUAUUCUCUACGAUCAAAAAGACAUCACUAUAAGGCUUAAACUAUUCGGCUUGCUGACAUUUUGCCUUACCGCGAUGACGAAGUAUGGCUUUCUCACGAUACGUCGUCCUAAGAUAUUGUAUUGCAUCGAAUGUGUGAAGAGCGAUUGGGUGCAGGUGACGUACAAAUCUGAUCGCGAACAGAUGUUGAAAUAUGCUGCCAUUGGUCGCAAUCUAACGAUAAUCGCCACAUCAAUUAUGUACACUUCUGCUUUCAUUUAUUACUUGAUUUUGCCGUUUUGUUCCGAGCAUAAAAUCAACAAUCAAACUGUUAGACCGCUCGUGUUUCCGAUUUAUAGUAAAUUUCGCCAAUCCCAAAAUAGUCCGAUAUACGAAAUUGUGUAUGUAGCUCAUUGCAUGUGCGGAUACACUAUAUAUUCGGUGACAGCUAGUGCGUGCGGCUUAGCCGCCUUAUUCGUCACUCAUGCAUGCGGUCAGAUUCAAGUGAUUCUGUCGCGAUUGAAAGAUCUUGUAGAUGGUAAAAAUUUCAAGCAAAGUCCAAAUGUUCAUCGACGAAUUGCUGCCAUCGUGAAAAGCCAUGUUCGAGUAAUAAGAUUUGCUGCUGUGGUGGAAGAAAUUUUGCAAGAAGUAUGUUUAGUAGAACUCAGUAGUUCUCUAUGCAUAAUCUGUCUGCUCGAAUAUUAUUGUAUAAUGAAUUGGCAAGGUAAUGAUAGGAUUGGUUUAGUGACUUAUUUUGUGAUCUUUGUUUCAUUCUGCUUCAAUUUAUAUAUAUUAUGCUAUAUCGGCGAGCUUCUCAUGGAAAAGAGUAGUCAAAUUAGAUACAAAUGCUAUAUGAUUAAUUGGUACCAAUUAUCGUCAGAAUCAGCUCGCAAUAUUAUAUUGAUAAUUGCUAUGGCCAGCCAUCCCAUUAAAAUCAGUGCCGGUAGAAUAGUAGAUCUGUCAUUGAUGACUUUUGUAAAUGUAUUGAAAACUACUCUGGCAUAUCUCAGUUUCCUACGAACGUUAGUAAUGUAAAUACACUUAAAAUUAUGAGAUAUGUAUAAAAGGAUUUUAAAUUGUU